AACAGGGCAAAUGCCUUCUGGGAAGCUUCUAUUCACUGACACACACACACACACACCCCUCACUCCAUCCUCUACACCCCUAUCCACCCUCCUCCCUCCCUCUUAGUCCACCCAGAGGGUUUUGUUCCUGAAACGGGCAACUUUUUCUUCCCCCCCUCCACUUCUCAGUGUGUGAGCUGUUUUGUUUUGAUUCUCUUCAGCCGGAUUCCUGAGCGCAUUGAAGGAUCGGUUGGACCGUCUACAGCAUCUCUCCUCAUUUUGAAAUCAUUUAUUCGCCCCAGCGUUUUUUGCAGCAUCCUCGCACGGUGACGGUGGAGGCGGGUUUCUUCUGUCCCUGAGAGGAUUACGAGCAUGUGUUAGAAAGAGCGUGUGUGUGUCAGACGUAGAGAGAGAGAGAGAGAGAGAGAGAGAGAGAGAGAGAGCAAACGCGCAAGAAGACGAGAGCGACGGAGUAUAUUGGUGCAUGUGACCGUGGGGAAAGGAUGGCUCUGUGGCUCUGAGCUGCCUCGGCUCUCACAGGACGUACUCUCGUAAUAAGGAACGAAAGACUGACUGACAAACUCUGCUAACAAGAGAAUAUUGUUCCCGUCGUGUUUUUCCCAGAGGCUUAACCAAACAGGAUUUGCGUGAUGCCGGCUGAAGUGAAGCAGGAGCAGAGCCCCAGUAACCAGACCUCCCUGGCCAUGAUGCAGGAGCCGCAGGAGGUGGUGGAGGAGACCGUGACCAUAGAGGAGGACCCCGGCACACCCACCUCGCAUGUGUCUGUGGUCACCUCUGAGGAUGGGACAACACGCCGCACAGAGACUAAGGUCACCAAGGUGGUUAAAACCAUCACACGCCGAACCUUCCAGCCGGUGAUGCUGACCGAGUCCAAACCAUCCACUCCUGUUCCUCCAUCUACACCAACACCAUCUGAGACCAAACCAGUUACUAAAAUGGUCAAGACAGUGACGACACGAACAGUUCGGCAGGUGCCUUUGGGUCCCGAUGGCCUUCCUGUUCCAGAAGGUUCGUCUCCACUGGGAAGCUACACUGACUCCAUUGAUCGGCGCUACAUGAAGAAUGGCGAGCGCUUCAUCACACCCCAGGCCACCUCCACCCUCACGCGCUCAUACAACAAUUACAGCGACUCCUACAAUGACACCCCAGACACUCAGUUCCGCCAUUACACUCUUCACGAUGGAUAUGGAGACAUGCCUGACAAUUAUGGAAGUCUCUCUCGCGGGGUCAAUUACAGGCCCUAUCGGCCCUACAUGCCCACAGGUGGAUACCGGCCAGAGAACAGCUACACCCUUCCAAUCCGCAAGGAUGACUACGGCCACGUGGCACAGCCUCAAGUCCCAAUGGGAAGUAGCACUGUGGAUCUCAAUCGUUCUCAGCCGGAGCGCUUCCAGCCUGAACCCUAUGGCUUGGAGGAUGACCGCCGCAGUCUCGGACCUGAAGAUGAAGAGCCGUAUGACCUGGAGCCGGAUUAUUCUACUGCUAACCGCCGCACAUUGCCCGGACGCACCAUUCGAGAACCGCUGCGCAACGGCCCCCGUGUCAGAGGCUAUGAAGAUCCCAUAGAGGCCGAAUUAAUCGACGAAAGACAUCCCUACAUUCAUGGUAUGUACCCGGCGCCUCUUGCCCAACCCGAGAGGGGCAGCAUGGCCAGUCUGGACCGCAUGGGCGGCCGUCGCUCGCCCUCCAUCGACAGCAUACGCAAAGACCCUCGCUGGAGAGACCCCGACCUGCCUGAAGUCAUCGCCAUGCUCGGUCACCCAAUCGACCCGGUCAAGUCCAAUGCCGCCGCUUACCUGCAGCAUCUCUGCUAUGAGAACGACAAGAUCAAGAAGGACGUCCGGCAGCUCAAGGGCAUCCCAGUGCUGGUGAGUUUGCUGGACCACCCGAAAGCUGAAGUCCAUCGCAAGGCCUGCGGAGCUCUGAGAAACAUCUCCUACGGGAAAGACCACGAUAACAAGGUGGCCAUCAAGAGCUGCGACGGGAUUCCUGCUCUCGUCCGACUGCUGAGGAAAACCAAUGACAUGGAAGUUCGGGAGCUCAUCACAGGAACACUUUGGAACUUGUCUUCGUAUGAGCCACUGAAGAUGGUGAUAAUUAACCACGGCCUUCAGACGAUGACCAACGAGGUCAUCAUCCCUCAUUCGGGAUGGGAACACGAGCCCAAUGAGGACUCAAAGCCACGAGAUGCCGAGUGGACCACUGUCUUCAAGAACACAUCGGGAUGUCUGAGGAAUGUGAGUUCAGAUGGUGCAGAGGCGCGCAGACGCUUGAGGGAGUGUGAGGGACUGGUGGAUGCUCUUCUGCAUGCGCUUCAGUCUGCUGUGGGCAAGAAGGACAUGGAUAACAAGUCUGUGGAGAACUGUGUUUGCAUCAUGAGGAACCUGUCGUACCAUGUACACAAGGAGGUUCCAGGAGCUGAGAAGUUUCAGGACCCAUCAGCUCUUCAGGCCCCCGGCUCUGCUGGUACUCAGAGAAAGAAGAAAGAUGACGCAGGCUGUUUCGGCGGAAAGAAAGCCAAAGAGGAAUGGUUUAAUCAAGGGAGGAAAAACGGAGAGCAUGACAAAAACUAUGACACGUUGGACCUCCCCAAGCGCACAGAGCCCACUAAAGGUUUCGAGUUACUGUAUCAGCCGGAGGUGGUUCGACUCUACCUGUCCCUGCUGACUGAGAGCCAGAACUACAACACGCUAGAAGCAGCAGCCGGUGCUCUGCAGAACCUCAGCGCUGGACAGUGGACAUGGUCAAACUAUAUCCGGGCGACGGUGCGUAAGGAAAAGGGGUUGCCGAUCCUGGUGGAGCUCUUGCGUUCAGACUCGGACAAGGUGGUGCGAGCAGUGGCCAUCGCUCUGAGGAACCUGUCCAUCGACCGCCGCAACAAAGACCUCAUAGGCAGUUACGCUAUGAGGGACUUGGUCAGCAACCUGCCCAGCGGCCAGCAACGGCCAGCCAAAAACCUGGAGGAAGAUACAGUAGUGGCCAUCCUCAACACCAUCCAUGAAAUCAUCACAGACAGCUCUGAAAAUGCCCGCUCUCUCAUUACUGCUCAAGCCAUUGACAAACUUGUGGCCAUCAACAGGACUAGCCAGUCAGCGAGGGAGACCAAAGCUGCUUCCCAUGUUCUGCAGACGGUUUGGAGCUAUAAGGAAUUGAGGAACGCCCUAACCAAGGAUGGCUGGAAUAAAACACACUUCCAGCCGAUAGCAGCUGGAACUCCCAAAGGAUCCAAGAGCUGCAAACCUGGCUAUGAUGACACCACACUUCCCUUGAUGGAGAAGAGCCAAGGCCACCGAGGGUGUAGCGGUGGGGAUAUGAUACCAAUGGACGAACUCGGUCCAGAUGGCUAUUCCACGAUUGACCAGCGAGACAAAGACUCCAAGUACAAAAGCAGUGACAUCUCGUCGGAUCUGCAGGAGCGGGAGCCGUUAAAGAAUGACACAAAUAGGAAACACUAUAUCAGGAGCAACAGGCCGACUGUCAGUCUGGUGGAUGCUUGUGAUGUUAAACCUCAGCCUGUUGACUCCUGGGUCUAAAUGCAUGCAUGGCUUAGCUAGCAACAGCGCUACAUCUUUACCACGAGUCACCACUGCCAUUAACCGCAGAGCUCACCGUGAUGUGGACUCAUCUCAAGACUUUUGCCUGAAAGAGCGAGAGACUUUCAUUCAACAGCCAAUAUUUUGAGAUUUCUCAACAAGUGAAAAGAAAAAGAAGCCACUUCUCAUGUGUACAUUCCCACUGGAUGUAGUGUUUCCCAGAACUGAGGAUUAGCCAGAAUGACGGACAGACAGACAGAUGGAUGGAUUGAGUGAUUAUAUAGAAAGUGCUGUCGUGGACGAGGACGUGUGCUGGAUUGAGGGGUAAAGAGGAUAUCAGAGAAAAAAAAAAAACUAUUUUUAUGUCAAAACAAAAAUAUAUAUAUAUAAUUUUUGCCUAUAUUAUUUUUGUUGUCCGUUUCUGCCUGAUUACUGUUUGUUUUGUGGAUUUUUUUCCCCCAGAAGUGCAGUGAAUUGUGAAUUUUUUUUCUGUUCGAGUUUCAUUUUUAACGAAAGUUUGGGUUUUCUAGAAAGAUUGAGGACAUUUGUGAAAGGAGGGUAAAAAGAAGGGUUUCUUUUCUGUUGUUGUUCUUGUUGCUGUUGUCCAUUUCGACAGUUUGGGGGCACAUACAAAGUCUGGGGGUCUAUAUUAAAAUGCACGCUUUUGCAAUUUCUGUGUGCUGGCUUUAUAAAGCAAGUUUGAAGACAUAUUAUCACUGUGUUUGUUUCUACUCACUGAGGACUGUUGUUGAAAAGCGGGUUUUUUGUUUAAUUUACCGUACUCGCUAAACGGAGGAGAGCUGCUGGUCAUCACAUGGAUUUGGUCUGCUGAAUUCCCAGAGGCAUGCUGGGUAACACUGGCACUUACCAGCUUAAACAAAAUCAAUACAAAUUCAAUUUGUUAAUAUGUAGAUUGUGGGGACAGUAGGAGGAUUCAUUUGCUCCUAAAAAAAAGUUAGAUUUUAAAAACAUUUUCUAUUUUUGUUGUUUUAUAAAUGUAUAUUAGCUUACAAGAAUAAAAACAAAACAUUCUUCAUAAGAUGAUAGAUGUGAAUCCAUAACAGCACAUUCAGUAUUACGUAUACAUAAAGCAUGGCCAUGUUUGUAUACAAUUUCUUAAUAAUAAUAUAAUAAAAAGAUCAUUGCUUUCGGUAAACGUGCAUCAAAGGUUUGUAGAGUCGAUUUCAUUGUCUAUUUAUAUUUUGUACAUCUUGUUUUGUUGAACUGAGACGCUUAUUUUGGUCACACUUUAUUUUGAUGGUCCGUUUGUUGAAUUUAAAUUACAUUGCAUCUACAUGCCAGCUAAGAUUAGAUUAUUAGUAGACUGUUAGGUUGGGUUAGUGUAAAUGUCUGUUGAAGGAGCAGUAUCAACAGAUAUUAAGCAGACAGUCUACUAACACUCAAACGGAUCAUCAAAAUAAAGGGUUAUCCUUAUUUUCAAUCUUCUCUUGAUAUAAUUGGAAAACAACACGUUCAGAAAAAUCUGAUUGGUUUACAGAAUUUGGUCAGGAAAGACGAGGAAUCAGGGAUAAAGGCUUCCUUUCAUUUCAGCUUUAAUGCAAGCCAAAAUAUUUUCACUUCAUCAAAUAAUACGUAUAACAAACAAAGCAUGACGUGUUUUUUGAUAUUCAUUCGUUUAGAUUUGCGUAAAUAUAAAUUCUCCAACUGUCGAUUAAAAGAAAUCCAGUGUUUUUCAUACUCAUAACUGCAUCAAAUGGGCAAACGCUGACGUAAGAACGACAAAUGAUUGUUUCUUAGAUAACACGAAUCAAGCAUCUGCUUAAUCAUCUGACUUCUGUCACGUGACUGUAUAACUUUUUGUAGCAAAUUUUUUUUCCAUAGUCUUCUAACAGAAACUCUUAAUAACAAAGUAACUGUGUGUAAUAGUUAAUUUUGGAAACCUGAAAUGCGUUCACAUCGAGAUCUUUAGCCUUGUGUAGAAUCAUUAUUAAUAAUUGAAUUGUCUGUUCCCGACUGCCUUUUUCGCAGAAUACAACCAAAGGAUUUUGGUACCGUGUAGUACAAGAAGUUCCCGGAGUGUGAAUUUGCAUCACAUUGUAUAUUUAUAGAAAAAAAAAUCUAAAUGGAUUCAAGAGGAACCUACCUUUGUAGAUAUCACUAAUUCAGAGCAUCAAAACUCAGUAUGUGUACAACCUGGUAGCAAAUGUGUUUGUAACUAUCAUGUGCCUUAACCUUUUUCCAUGUUAGAUGAAAACGAUAAGUGUGUUUUAUAUGUUUUAUUGGUCCCCUCUCUGUCUCUUUUACAUGCAAACAAACACACACACACACUCUUCUGUCUCUGGCUCCUCACACUGUCACUCACUCUGUGUUCUCAAUGUAGUCUAGACUGGUGGUGGGUUUUGCCUUGUAUUACAUUGUAUUAUACACUUUUAAAAGAUAGAGACAUUAAAAGGGUUUGAUUAUAUAGUUGUUAAUGCUUUCCUAGCGCUCAAGAACAAUGCCACAGUGACCGAAUGUAUUGUCAAUUUUACUAAUAUCCAGAAGAGAGAAUUGCUCUUGUAAAAAAAAUACAGGUUUGUAGAGUAUCACUUUGGUGUGUUUUCAAUAAAUCAUGCCUGAAAGGAGUUCAUUCUGCGUGGGUUUAUUUAUCUAAUUUAAGGCACUUGCUGAUUUUGUUUGUCGUUGUGUUGUUUUAAAACCCAUUGACUUUCAGUGGGUUGAU